AUGAAUGUGUUGGAUGAUGAAGAUGAUCAAAGCUUUCACACUACGCGUGACGGCUACUCCCAUUUGGGCGAUAUCGAAUGGGAUGCGGUUGAACGGAUGGGUUCAACCAUGGGCAUCCAUGCUGUUAGCGUCAUGCUAGAGGCUCUCAAUAGAGAUGCCCAACAUGCUACUAUCGCCAAGUUCACUCAAAAUGAACUUGAUGCUGAACGCGAGAAAUUUGAACUGUUGAGACAGCAGCAGGCUGCUGCUGGUGGGUCGAUGCACUCGCGUCGACCCGAGACCUUGAAGAUUGACAUCUCCAAGUAUAGGGGAGUCGAAGAGGACUCUCUCUUGAGAUGGUUCGUCGAAUUAGACGACCCCAUAAUGGCGCGUCGCAUCGACGACGGGGAUAUGCAAGUUGCAUUUGCCCAGUCAAAUCUGGCAGGACGUGCCAAGACUUGGGCACUGGGGCUCAAGUUGCACGACCCAUAUGCGUUUGGGUCGUUGGAAGUCUUCAUGUCGCGGCUUAGACAAACGUUUGAACCACCUAGAGCUGAGUUCAGAGCUCGAACUAAACUCUUGAAGCUCAAACAAGGUAAGCGUGAUGUGCACGCUUACGCGCAACAUAUACGACAUCUCACGAGUUGUAUUAGCUCUAAUCCGGUAGACGAACACACGUUGGUUUCAUUGUUCAUGCAGGGUCUUGCGGAUGGUCCCGUCAAGACACACCUGUUCCGGCUUGAACUAGAUUCACUAGAACAAGCCAUAUCCAUUGCGGAACAGGAAGACUUCAGUCUGAGACAAGCUCGCGCCAGCUCGACAUCAUAUCGUCAACCGAGACGAUAUGACAGCGGAGGUCCAGAGCCGAUGGAACUCUGUUAUGUAGAGAGCGAGAAGGCUCGCUCUACAGACUACAAGAAGUUGCAGAGAUGCAACAGAUGUCAAAAGACAGGACACUACGCUUACGAUUGUAGUGCCCCUCGUCCAGUGUCUCGCAACACUGGGCGUAGUGACCGUCCACCCAUGAGAAAGGGGCAGGGACGCGGGUCCGCUGUUGGUGCGAAAACGCAACAACGGGAUGGACCGUCAAAAAACGGACAGGAUCAGUAG